AGUAUAUUUGCCUGACAAAAGACAGUGCAGAAUUCCCGUGAGAAAAUCGUCAGAAAACUCACGCUGUCUGUACCUGAAAGAGAGCCUCUCAGGCACCCAAAGCUAACGGUAACCUUGCAAAUUUGCAAUCAAAAUUGCUCUCAAAAAUUAUCCCCAUUCACGCUAAUAUAUAUUCCUACUAACAGUAGUGCAACAACACUAAAUCAAUGAUGAUAUAAUUUUUGCUUGUUUUUUUGUGUGCAUUUGUGAACACUUGCUAACAUGUGCAUUCAAGAUAAACAGUAACUCAUACCUCUCCUCAUCACGCUUUGACCAAACUGAGGCGAAAAAGCAUGAUUCUCGUAGAUGACAUCACAACAUCAACACAAUUUAGAAAAGAAAUACAAUAAAAUAGUUCACUCUUGAAAGUAUUGUAAUACAUCUGAAAAUAACCAUAAAUUAAUAAAUAAUAAAUAAAUAUGAGGGAUUUUCGGUGAAAUACAUAAAGUAUAUUUUACACCUGUUACAUAAACAAAACUGUAUAUGAUUUUUGGAGGGUUAGACAUGGGUUUUCUUUCCAUUGCCCUUGAUUAAUAGAAACAAAACUAACACAAUAUAUGUUUUCCGAGAUAUACUAUUUUUUUAUAUGAUAGAAUAACUGAUAGAUGACGUCAUGACGGUCACCUACACCGCGCAAGUUGCCAAUGCGCGCUUCUGCGGGUUCUCCAAACUGCUCCUAGCCUGGAGGGGAAGCAUCUACAAGGUCUUAUGGAAGGAGUUCCUUGCUUUCUUCGCCAUGUAUACUGCCAUCAGUGUCACUUACAGAUUCUUCCUCUUUGAUGACCAGAAGAGGUAUUUUGAAAAACUGGCAAUUUACUGCAACCACUAUGCCAGUCUCAUCCCCAUGUCUUUUGUGCUAGGUUUUUACGUGACACUGGUGGUGAACCGCUGGUGGAAUCAGUACACCCGCAUUCCAUUACCUGACCGCCUGAUGUGCGUGCUCUCUGGCGGCCUGCAGGGUGUGGACGAGCGCGGGCGGCUGCUGCGACGCACCAUGAUGCGCUAUGCAAGUCUGUCCGCGUUACUGAUUUUGCGCUCGGUCAGCACCGCGGUGUUCAAACGCUUCCCGACCAUGGACCACGUCGUGGAAGCAGGGUUCAUGACCAAGGAGGAGCGGAAGAAGUUUGAGAGCCUCAAGUCCCCCUAUAACAAGUACUGGAUUCCCUGUGUGUGGUUCACUAACCUGGCCGCCCUGGCCCGCUGUGAGGGCAGGAUUAAGGACGACAGCACCCUCAAACUAGUGCUGGAGGAACUCAAUCAUUUCAGAGGGAACUGCAGUAUGCUUUUCCAUUACGACAUGAUCAGUGUUCCUCUGGUCUACACUCAGGUGGUGACUCUGGCCGUGUACAGUUUUUUCUUUGUGUGUCUGAUAGGACGUCAGUUCCUGGACCCCACACAGGGCUACCUGGGUCAUGACCUGGACCUGUACGUCCCCAUCUUCACUCUGCUGCAGUUCUUCUUCUACGCUGGCUGGCUCAAGGUAGCAGAGCAGCUGAUAAACCCAUUUGGAGAGGACGAUGAUGACUUUGAGACCAACUGGCUGAUAGACAGGAACUUCCAGGUCUCCAUGUUGGCAGUCGAUGAGAUGUAUGGGGAUCUUCCCAUCAUGGAAAGAGACCGAUAUUGGAACGACUCUAACCCUCGUCCUCCCUACACUGCAGCAACUCUAUUCAGGCUGCGCAAACCCUCCUUCCAGGGCUCCACCUUCGACAUGGCGAUUCCCAAAGAGGAGAUGCACUUCGCGCCCCUGGCGGAUAUCACUGAGAACGUGGAGUCUCAGCGUGGGGGUCACCACCCCAACAUGGCCCUGUUCAACCGGCUCCUCUUCACUGCCCCGUCCCCCACGGGACUCAUUGGAGGGGCGCUGCGCCGCACCUCCGCCCAGCUCCAAAGGUUCCGCCGUCGCUCCGGGAUGUACCCGCCCUCCUUCAGUGAUGAAGAGGGUGAGGACGAGGAUGAUGAAGGUGGGAAGACUUUGUGGCCGUCUGGGGGCUCGCUGCCGUCUGUUUUGGGUCAGGAUACUCAGAGUACCAUAUGUAGGUGUGGAGGAGUGUUGAAUGCUAGGACCCCCCUCAUGGAGGUACAGUUUGGGGUUGGGGUGGAGAGAUGUGGGGAUGCCCUUCAAAGCCAGGAAGAGAUUAUGGAAGAAGAAGAGGAUGAGGGGAACACCCAGAAGGGGGCAGAGAAAGAGAAGAUGGAGGGAGGCAACACUGAGGUGACAGGAGAUAUUCAAAGCCGCAUGCCACUGCUCCCAUCACCCCUCCAGCCUUCCAGAGACCGAGGCCAAACAUCCGUCAGACAACCCCAGGAUAAGACACCCAGACCAGCCUCGACAACCCCCUCCAGCCCCCUAGCCCCCAGCAUCAUCCACCCCCGUUCCACAGCCUGCUCCACCCAAGACCUUGUCAUCUCUGAACCAAUCACAGAGCAGAGCACAGUGAUCCCCGCCAUUCCCAAGCCGCCCAUUGGUGGAGCCAAGAUGUCUUUCCUCACUGUGCCGUCCUACAGCGCCCCAAAGCGUCAUAGGAGCGUCAGCAUGGUGUCAGAGUCCCCAUCGGCUCCGAAACGACAAACUACACCCUGUUCUAGCCAAAAUUAGUGCACUACUUAGGGAAUAGGAUACCAUUUCAGAACCGGACUAUGAGUAAGGGAGAACAUGCACACUUCUGUCCAGCUGGGACCAACACAUUACACUGAAAAGCUAGGUCAUAUGUCACUGUAGUAUGUUCAUGAGAAAUCACUGGUCUAUAUUCAGAUUCCAAGAACACAGGAUGAGAUGUUACUAUCCUUUGUGCAAGCACUUCCAAGAGUUAAUGAACAGUGAGCGUGGUGAAAUUUGGGGAGCGCAUCGUCAGUAGUGUACCUUUGGUUCCUAGGGUGUUUCGGCCUUUCACACUAUACACCCUCCCCAAAGGCGGCCAGCGACAGGGUGAUCAAUCCUACGCUUGCGUCCCAUUCCCAAUUAGUCAUAGGAGUUGCCUUGUUGUUGAUAGCCAACAUCCCAUGGGACUAUGCAUGGCAGGGGCGUCCUCCUCCCUGAGUCAAGCAUUGUUGACCGCAUACCUCCUGGCCCUCUCACUUCGGGGCCCAGCUGGGGUCUUUCCUCUUCAUCCAGAGCCACUGACUGCUGCCUUCUGCCGCCUCUGAUACAGCUUUGAUUGCCGAACGCUGGCUCUGGCCCUUAAUUCCCAGGUCUCUAAGCAGUCUGGUUGUAGAUGUUGCCACAAAACCUCUGCAGCCCACCUCCACUGGUCGGACUUCUGUAACUAUAGAUCAUGUGCAUGAAGUUCAUCCUACGGAUCAAUCCACCCAGAUGCUUCAAGGUUGGGCUGCAGCUUUCACUGUGUUCACCAAUCUUACACUGUACAUUUACUUUAGAUGAAUGAUUUUUCACCUUGUUUCAUUGUUAUGAAUUAUAAUGAGGUAAAUAAAAAGAAAAGAGAAAUCUUUCUCGCCAUAGUUCCAUUUCUGUUGCUAGGAGACACAAUAGCUUGGGA